AUGCUUCCAAAAACAAAGGCAUCUUUAGUGGCUAGUCGAUUACCACACGAACUACUCGUCAAAAUUUUUUAUAACUUGGAGCAACCACCUCAUCAUCGCUAUCAUUACUCUUCUUCCUCCUCUCUAUGCCCCGGCGCUGCUUCAACAUCCCUCACAUCGGGAUGCUCUGAUAUCCUUGCAUGCGCACUUGUUUGUCAAGACUGGUACUACGCUGCUAUGGAUACAUUAUGGCGAGAGGUCAAUCCUCCGAGUGUAGAAUCAUUUGUCUACUUUAGUAGAGUACUCAAUCCAACGUUCUUGUUUACAAAAGAGCCUUCUCUCCCUUCCCAGUACAAGGUUCAAUAUGUCAAUGGUUCGCCAACAAGAGCUGUUGCUAUGAAGCAGGAGCAGGAACAGGAGCAGGAACAGGAGCAGAAGCAGAAGCAGAAGCAGGAACAUGAGCAGGGUCAGGAUCAGGAGAGUGAUCGAUAUCAACAUAAAAAUCAGCAUCAACAAGGUCUUUUCAAAGGAAAGCAAAGAUCAUCUGAAUACAAAAACAGCAAGUCGGGUCCAUCUUUAUCCUCGACUACAAUGACGACCUUAUUUUCUUUGUCAUCUCUACAGCAUCCAUCCUCUCCAGGUCCUAUUGGUUAUGCGGGAAAGGGGUAUGUUCGGUCGUUUUCGCUUGCAGGGACAACAGAUUGCAGAACACCACGGCCUUUCCCCUACCUUCCAUCUUGUGUUAUGGAUCAUCACCUCAUCGCCAUAUCUGACUUUUUGACUCAUCUUACCUCGCUCUCAUUAUCUCAUUGUGCUGCGCUCACUGAUAUGGCUGUUAUCCAGAUGAUCACAGCAUCGUCACCAUAUCUUCAACAAAUCGACUUGACAGGGUGUCGACUCAUUACUAAUAUUACUGUCGAAGUCAUUGCGCAGUUGUGCGGGCAUCAAUUAGAAGAUCUAUCCUUACAAGGGUGUGGGAUGCUCACAGACGAUGCUAUUGAAAAGCUUACCAGGCACUGUACUCGCUUACAAAAGAUUAAUGUUGUACGAUGUCCACGACUUGGAGACCGAUCAUUGAUGGCAUUACUCCGGGCAUCGGGUCGAAUGACACAAUCAACCUCGUCGCUAUCAAAAAUUCGGACUAGGAGUGCAAGAUUGACAAAGUUAGGUAUUGCAGGUUGCCGUAGUAUCACUAUGAGUGGACUGAUGGCAAUUGCAGCCCAUCUAACCAUAGGAGGAUCGGAAAUAGAGGCAGAGACGCAACAGCAAGAAGAAGCUUUUUACAAUCAUUCAACGUCAUCACGAUCGCCACCGCCGCCGCUGUCGUCGUCCUUAGUAUCUCUGGAAUUCUCCUGUCCUGUUUUCAAGGUCGCAUCUAAAAACCAACAAACAGGACAUCCUGUGUUGGCCAAUGGGGCUUCGAUGCUCAAUAAUACCCGCAGCCAGGCAAGGAGGUUUUUCCAGACACUUCCUACAACAUUGAGGGAAAUUAUCAUACAUGAUGCCCAUAUGUUAAGUCAAGACGAUAUUAUCUGCCUUAUAGACAGGGUGGGACACAGCUUAAAGACUCUUCGACUUGAUAAUGCCAACUCGCUCAAUUCUGAAACAUUGGGCCACAUUCUGGCAACCUGUCCUGAAUUAACAAAUCUCUGCAUCCCGCGGGCUACUUGGUUAAAUGACGCCGGAGUAACUCAGCUCAUUCAAGCUAAAUGCGCACAGUCUCUUGUGGAGUUGGACAUCAGUGCCUGUCAUGCUUUAACGGACGAAUGCUUAAUCAAGUUAGCAACCGCAGACGCCUUUGACCAGCCUCACACUACCACUCUCUAUGACACUGCUAGCAUUAACUCCUCAUUCCCGUCAUCAAUACCCCCUUCCAUAUCGUUAUCAUCAUCUCCGCGAGCUUCUAAAGGAAAAGAAGUUCUUGUAGGAGCAUCGACGUCAACGGAUAUAUUUUUGAAUAACGUUUUUCCAAACCUUCAACGACUGAACUUAUCAUAUAACGACAAGUUGACAUUGGCCGGCAUCAUCCCGUUAGCGAUGUCAUUGAAAAACUUAUGUUCUCUGGAUGUAUCCUUUUGUGGUGAGGGCAUUACCAGGCCAUGGGAUUCAUCAUUAAAGCGCAUUAGAGCUGUUUUAGGCUCGGUAAGGGGUAGGUCUACUUAUGGCCAAUACGCCGAUAUCCUAAAGAAGGAAGAAGAGGGCUCAUCUUCAGAUAGUAGCUUAUCUGGAGACGAAGAGUCUUUAUACUCAUGGGAACUUUCGCAUCAACAGCAGGAGCAGCAACGAAAACACCAAGUUCAAAAACAAUAUAUGCUAUCGAGCGUUUCACUAAGAGCUCAGCAGUCCCUACCUGAAACCACGCAACAGCGCCUACAACUAACUCUAGUUUCUGCCGAAGCCAUUCCAUCAUCGGAAGCAGUACCAGUGCCAGUGUCGGUGCCAGUGCCAGUGCCGAGCCGCCGAGGUUUGGGACAUUAUGUAGGGCCGCUACUCAGUUGCCCUGAGACGGUUAGUAGUGUAUCUCUUGCUCCCGCGACUGCUCUUCAAUCGCUACAACAGGAUUUAACUCUGGGAAAUCACUCAACUCAGGGACAAGAGAGGGAAGAGGAGGAACACCAACAUGUCCGUCGUCGAUCAUCUGCAUCAUCAACGACCUCUACAUCCUCUAUAUCGUCAGCAUCAUCCAGCUCUUCUUCUUCUUCUUUAUCAUCGACGGCUCUCUCCACCUCCUCUUCUUCAUCGAGUGGUUGUAUACAUCCCGGAUCAUUUUCAUCAGUCUCAUCCUUGAAUUCUUCUUUAAAGAAUAAGCAGCUACAAUCACCAUCACCAAUUCAAGGGAGUCGAAGCCAAAAACAGCAACGUUUACAAAGAGCAUCAUUGUCCAGAGUAGCUCUAGUAAGCCGUUAUGAUGUUAUUGAAAGGGCUCCUCGCCAUGUAGGUUUACCUGUCAGCUUUUUUGCUGAUUCUUGGUUUACACCUCACCAUCAUCACCAACUUCAGGAGCUGCAGCAAAUACAACGGCGAGUACUAGAGGCGCAACUCAAUGCAGCAGCAAUAACCAUUCACCAUGUAGGAAAUAACCCAGGAGCACCAGUAGUAAUGAAUGGCGCUGGGGCAGAAGCAGGGGCAGGCACAGUUACAGUAGCAGAGGCUAUUGAUGGAAGCUCUACUGCUGUACCCAUACUUCCAACGGAGUAUAUGGACCAUCCUAUUAUGGGAGCACCUCGGAUUGGGGUAGCCACUAUGGGCUUUGGAGGUCGCGGUGGCCGCAUUGGCCGUGGUAUAGCAACCAAUAACCAAACAUUCAUACGGAACAAUUCUCGUCUUCAUCCUCGCCAACAACAACAACAACAGCAACAGCAGCAAAGAAUAGUAUCAUCCGAUGAUUUUGAGAUGCAAGAGUUGAGUGAGAAUUUUACUAGGAGCAUGCGUCUUGAGCCAAUAGCAGCAACAGAAAUGGAUGACACAGAGACUAUUACUAUGAAUGCUAUGGCAACUACUGCUGCUACUCCUACUCUACGUCGUCACCACCAUCGACAAUAUCAACAUCCACGCAUGCUACAACAUCGUGGUACCAUUUACAGUAGAGGAUCCCUCACUAGUAACAGCAAUAACAAUGACAAUAACAACAGUAGUAGUAGUAGUAGUGGUAGUAGUGGUAGCUAUAAUUGUGGCCACGCUUUCAUGGGGUACUGUGAAAUCUCUUCAUGGGGAUUAUCGAAAUUAAAAGAAGAAUGGAGUAGGAUUUGA